AUGACGACCAGUUUCGCGACAUACUAUUUCAUAUUAUUAGGAUUCGGUGUGGCCGCAUUACUCAACGCGGCAAUUUUACUGGAUAAUCCAUUGGAACUAACGACGUUUGUUGCCCUUAUGUUUGUGGAAUUAUACUAUAUAUUUCUGGGCAACUAUGUCGGUCAGGACGUCAUAGAUAUAAGCGCCGGCAUUUGUCAGAUCACAUAUAGCACGCAGUGGUACGCGGCGCCAUUGUGGGUGCAGAAAUCAUUGCUGCUCGUGAUGCUAAGAAGUGGCAGAAAUAGCGCUUUAACGGCUGGCGGUUUGUUCCAGGCGUCGCUAGAAGGUUUCGCUAUGCUCAUGAGCGCGUCCAUAUCCUACGUCAUGCUCCUUCUUUCGAUGCGGGGGCAACAGAGUAAACUAGGCGGGGAACCAAAUUUCCUUAACGUCGUAGCGCCUCUGAACAAAUCUCGACGAGCCGAAUUGUUAUUUCGGGUCGAGUAUUUCGUCGACCAGGAGGAAUAUUAUCACAUAAUACAAUUGCAUUUAGAUGUAGGAUUAAUGGUCGCUGCGACCACGAUUCUGGCUGCUGAAUCGUUUUGUUUAACGAUGCAAAAAUUGAUAUUGUUCUUGAUACAGAAAACUACAAAAGCAUACAAAGUUGAUUGCAUUGGUAUGUUUUAUCCUAGCUUGGAAGGUUUAGCCUCGGAUUCUCUGUUCCAUAUAAUCGCACAGUUCCAAAGUACGGAAGGUAGUGCAGUUAAUCUCUUAUUUCGAAGAUACACAAUAAUGAUAUUAACACGAGUAGUGUAA